AAGAUAAAAACAGAGGGAGAGUGCAAGCACAUUUGGAGCAAUAGUUUCUCCAUCCCUGGGACAGAAUGAUGAAGAUAUUGCUCUGCAUGCCAAUGCUGGUCUCCAGCCUCUGGGGGCUGGUGGCACAUGCCCAGGGCACAGGUGUGGGAUCUCAGGCCUGCUCAGUUAAUGGGACAACUCGCUCCUUUGCUUGCCUUGGCAGUAAAGUCCAACAGAUACCAAGGGACAUACCAAAAAAUGCCACAUACAUAGAGAUCAAGCUGACUCAGAUCACAGUGUUUCCAAGCAGAGCCAUCUCAUCUCUUCAUGAGCUCAAGAGAAUAAUGGUGUCUGAGAAUGGGGCCCUCCAGCGGUUUGGAGCCUAUGCCUUCAUAGACCUGACCAGCCUGGAGGAGAUAACUAUUACCAAAUCAAAAAACCUUGUACUUAUGGACAAAGCUACCUUCUGGGAACUUCCCAAACUGAGAUAUCUGACUAUUUCCAACACUGGUCUCCUAGUCCUUCCUGACUUCUCCAAGGUCCAGUCUGCUGCUCUUGAAUUUCUGUUUGAUCUACAAGACAACAUGCACAUCAAAUUGAUACCCAGCAACGCCUUCCUUGGGCUUACUAGUGGCACAAUAACUGAGCUGAGACUGACAAAGAACGGACUCACAGAAGUGGACAGAAAUGCCUUCAAUGGUACCAGAAUGGAAAAACUGUUUCUCAUGGGAAACCAGCAGCUGAGGCGUAUCCACAGUGACGCCUUCCUCGGAGCAGAAGGCCCCGUCGUUCUGGACAUCUCGCGCACCGCCAUCAGUGCCCUGCCUGAGAGUAUGCUUGGGGGCCUGAAGCUACUGACAGCCACCUCCGUUUACUCCCUGAAGUGGCUGCCCAGGUUGGAGCUGUUUGCUGAGCUCACACAGGCCAACCUCACCUACCCCAGCCACUGCUGCGCCUUCAAGAACUUCAAAAAGAACAAGUCUGAGAAGAACCAUCUGUGCGAUGACCCGGCUGCCCCAAAUCUGGAGCCGUACUUUUUCGAAGAGCACUGCAGGGAAGUGACAGAGGUGACCUGCUCGCCCGAGCCCGAUGCCUUCAACCCAUGUGAGGACAUCAUGGGCUUCACUGUUCUCCGUGUGCUCAUCUGGUUCAUCAGCGUGCUGGCCAUCGUGGGCAACUCCGCCGUGCUGCUGGUGCUCCUGGCCAGCUGCUCCAAGCUGACCGUGCCCCGCUUCCUCAUGUGCCACCUGGCCUUCGCCGACCUCUGCAUGGGCCUCUACCUGCUGACCAUCGCCGGCGUGGAUGUGCACACGCGCGCACACUACUACAACCACAGCAUUGACUGGCAGACAGGGUCGGGCUGCCACGCCGCCGGCUUCUUCACGGUGUUCGCCAGUGAGCUGUCCGUCUACACGCUGACGGCCAUCACGCUGGAGCGCUGGCACACCAUCACCUACGCCAUGCAGCUGGAAAGGCAGCUGCGUCUGCGCCACGCCUGCGUCACCAUGGCAGCCGGCUGGCUCUUUGCCGCUGGCGCAGCCCUGCUACCUGCGCUGGGUGUCAGCAGCUACAUGAAGACCAGCAUCUGCCUGCCCAUGGACGUGGAGACGCCAGGGGCACAGGCCUACGUGGUGGUGCUGCUGCUGCUUAACGUGGCCGCCUUCGCCGGUGUGUGCGCUUGCUACACGGGCAUCUACCUGGCCGUGCGCAAGCCGGCGUCCGUGCCGGCCCGCGCAGACACGCGCCUGGCCAAACGCAUGGCCGUGCUGAUCUUCACCGACUUCCUGUGCAUGGCACCCAUCUCGUUCUUCGCCAUAUCGGCGGCGCUCAAGCUGCCGCUCAUCACGGUGUCGCACGCCAAGGUGCUGCUGGUGCUCUUCUACCCCAUCAACUCGUGUGCCAACCCCUUCCUCUACGCCUUCUUCACCAAGACCUUCAAGCGGGACUUCUUCAUGCUCACCAGCCGCUUCGGAUGCUUCAAGGCCCGCGCGCACGUCUACCGAACGGAGACGUCGUCCGUGCAGAAUGGCACGUGGGCGCCUGCCCCGAAGACCGGCGACGGGACACUUUGUACACUCAUGCACGUCACUCACCCGCACUGACCACAACCCUCCCCGCAGGCCUUCCAGUGCUAUAAGUUGCAAGCUGCUCUCAUCCACAUAUAUCCCAUUCUGUGCUGCUUGGACAAAGCAAACAGGAAAGAAGGAAAUAGAUCCAGUGCCUAUUAUGUACACAACUUGUUUUUUUUUUCUGAACUUAAUAUUUCCAGUGUAAGUAUGGUGAGUUUUUAGAUUUAAGAUCAGGAGCAUCAGGAGAGGUUGUUUUGAGGAAUGACAUGUUACAGCUUCAAUAUUAUUCUCCUUUUCAUCAGGCAAAUAUUUGUGAUGUUCCACUAGAGUAGACAUUUCAGUAACAUGUAAAUUGUAACUGUAUCCGUAUCUGAGCUUUUCUCACUCCUGCCUUCAUAAUGUCUUAUUUAAGUCUAGUGCGUAACUCACAAUACUGAGGUUAGCAUUUCUGUGAGACAUUUGCUGCUCUCUAAUACACACAGGGCAAAUAACUAACACCUAUGUGUUAUUCAACUUCUAAAUUUAGUACCCGGUGUGGGCUGUCCCACCAGUCAAGUUCUGAAGUUAUGACUGGACUUUCACCUCAGUUGAAGGAAGAAAGCAAUAAAAUCCCACCUUAUCAUGUCACUUACUUCACUGAACUGAAUAGAAAGUUCAUUUGUAGAUUGCCAAGUAAAGAGCACAGUUUGUACAGUGAUGCUUAAGUGAUUCUUUAUGUAUUCUUUCCACCAUGCAAGUAUUAUUUUGAUUUGAAACAACAGUUUUACAUUAAAUUCUGACCCACUGAAUGUAAAAGUUGAUAAUCCAGAUACAAAUUAGAAUAAAAUACACUGCUAAUUAGAA